CGCGUUCUAAACUUCCCCCUUCUUGUGCCCCUGUAAUCCACGUCCUUUCUCUCACACCUUUUCACGCAAACACAAACACACUCAGUCACUUGCUUUUGUUCGGCCUCGAGAACAACUCGCAGCCCAGAGCCUUCGCUGCUGGAAAAAAAUCUUGGUUUUGAGCCCUUUUUGUUGUAGGAAGCAAACCCAUCUCAACUUAGGUGCGGAAAACAGAGAAUUUCAAGAAAAGAAUAUUUUGGGGUUUAGGCAAAGUGGAGAAGAGAUUGGGGUGUUGAUGAAUUGAGUGUUCAAAUUGUUUUUUAAAAUUCAUUUUUUUUUCCUAGUCGAUGGCAUUUUAGUGCUAGGGUUUGGAGUGUAAUGGGGUUAGGUGCUGAAGCUUUUAGUAAGGCGGCUAUGGAUAUAGGCAGUUCAAAACCGAAGGCGAGGAGAAAAAUACUUAAUGAAGAAGAUGAUGACGUGGCAGGGGAAAGUGGUUGUUGGAAGUUCAGAUUCUUUGGGAGGUGUUUGGUCACGAGGCCGAAAGCCGAUACUACUCUUAGUGAGUCUAGCACGGAGUAUGCUGAAAGCAAAUUCACAAACGACACAAGUGGAGACCAACCAGUGGUGGCCCCAGUAAUAUCAUCUUCAACAAGCAGCAAUGAAGAAAGCAGUGUCCCAUCAACACCUAAGAUUGAAGAGGAACUGAAAAUUUCUUCACAGCUUCGCAAGUUCACUUAUAACGAGCUAAAAAUGGCGACGAGGAAUUUUAGGCCCGAUAAUCUACUCGGAGAAGGUGGCUUUGGCUGUGUCUUUAAAGGUUGGAUUAACGAAAAUGGCAGCACUCCAGUUAAACCCGGCACAGGACUUACUGUUGCUGUAAAAACUCUCAAUCAUGAUGGACUUCAAGGACAUAAAGAGUGGCUUGUAUGCAAUUUACUUUUACCUACAACCUUUAGUAUUUGUUUUAUUUGUAUUAUUUUACCUGUUUAUUUGUAUUAUUUUUCUGUUUCCUUUCUUCUUUGA